CCAUGUGACGUUCACAAGUGAUAGUGACGCACAAACGAGCGAUUCCAUUUCCAGACAGAUUUUCCAAGAAUACGUUCGUUGAAAUUAAGGUGGGAAAAUGGACCCGUGUGACUGUUCUAAAACUGGAUCUUGUAACUGCGGACAAAACUGCAAAUGCACCAACUGCGCGUGCGCAGAUAGCAAGAAAAGUUGCGGAAGUUGUCCAUCUGAAUGCAGUAAUAAGGGCACGAAGGGAUGCGAGAGCGCGCGCAAGGAUAAGGAGAAAUCGUGCGACACAAGCUGCUGCAAAUGAAAGGCUGUGAUGUGUGCUGUGACACUGUGCUCCUUUAACAAUAAAAGCAAUUCUAUCGUGUACUCAUG